UAUUGUUUGCAGUCUGAGUCACUGUGUGUGUUUACAUGUGAGUGUGUGUAGCAUGGGGCAAAGUUCCCACUGAGUUUGGUAAUAUUUAACGGGACAGUUUUGGGUGAUUUGACUGAGCACCAGGCAUGAAGAAGAGGCAGCAUUGCUGCGAUGUAUCCACUGUGUGUGACGCUUGCUGCUGUACCAUAGAGACUGAGGACCAUUUCCCAUUGAACAAUGGAUUGACUGGAUCAACUGAUUAAACAUGGAUACCUUUCCUCUGUUAGUCCUCCUACUUUCAUGCAGGAUUGAAGCUGUUGGAGCUCAGAUGAAGCUGUCACCUUUGGCCCUGACAGUCCUGCGAGGGGACGAGGCCCGUUUCACCUGCAGCUCCUCCAGCAAGUGGACUGUUAUGGUGUGGCUGCUGAACGGUACUGCAACACUCACCAUCUCCAAGGAAGUCGGCGUCCUGCCUUCUGUCAACCCAAAUGUGACGGCCGAAAAAGACAAAGGAGACGGCUGGGUGUUUGUCCUGAAGAGCACUGAGAGGCACAACCAGGGAUCAGUCACCUGUGACCUCCAGGGCAUUGAAAGGAAAACAGCACGUCUGUUUGUGCAAGAAGUGGGCAGCGUGACAGUCUUUGGGGAGAACAAGCUGGCGUUUAAGGGGCAGUCGGUCCUGUUUGAAUGCCAAGCUGCAGGAUGGUACCCUCAACCAACUUUACGAUGGCAAGUGAAUGGCAAAACGGUGAGCCAGGCCGAAUACAACAUCAGCAGUGAAGAGUCGGGAAAGAGUCUCUUCACUGUGACCAGUAACCUCAGCGUGACGGCAGCAAAGAGUUCUAAUGUGGAUUGUCUGGCCUCCGUGUCUGCCCUCACUAAACCACUGAACAGCAGCAUCCGUCUAACAGUGGUUGCAGAGGUGGUGCAGGAAGACGAUGACUGCACAGUCCCGCUGGCGUUGACCGCCUCCCUCUCUGCACUUCUGCUGCUCAUCCUGCUCUGCAUCUGCACUGUCCUCUGUUACAGACAAAGGAGACAAGCAAAAGCAAGCCCACAGGAGGCAAUAAGGUUCGACCAAUCGGUGUUUGGGAGAAGCCCGGUUGCUGAGGCAACAGGGGGGAAGGUCAACCUGGGAUACUCAAAUGAAGGCCCCACAGAUGCAGCUUGCAGUGAGCUAAUCACGGAAAUACGUAGCCAGAUGGACUUUGUCAGCUUUCACAAGGUCCCUGAUGUUGUGUCCUCGAGCAGCCUGUCCCUACACAGCGAGGGUCAAGCCCAGGUGUCUCUAGCAGAGGAAAGCUCCAAGAAUGUCAGGAGAAUUACAACAGUUUGAACAUUAUUAUAAACAUUAUUAUUUUUUAUAUACUAUUUGCAUGUUUUUGUAUAAUGUUUCAUAUUUUUGUAAAGGUAAAAGAUAAAGUUUUAUGAUCUUGAGCCAAAUGUGUCUAACACAGCUGAAUCCUAAAAACAGCAGACAACAGUUUUUAGAAUACAUGACUCAAUGUACUUCUAUUUUCAAUAAAUGGUGUUUUUGCGUGCUUUUAAUAUUCUUAUAUGAAUAUCUACAUUUGAUAGAUAUCUUGAAGUAAGUAUUUUCAUCCUCAGAUGUGAACAUCGAAAUGAAAAUUUCAGUUUAUUAAAACCAUAUUUUGUA